GGAAAGCGCACCAUAGAGACAAGCAACGUUCCGCUCUGCACGCCGCUGCGGCGCGCUCCCUGUGGCAGCGGGGUGCUGCGGGGAUCUCUAUGACAGCAGCGGCCGCGCUGCCGGGCGCUGAGCGGGCCCGGGCGGCGAGAGGAUGCCCCUGGCUGCCUACUGCUUCCUGCGAGCCGUGGGCAAGGGCAGCUACGGGGAGGUGAGCCUGGUGCGGCACCGGCAGGACAGCAAGCAGUACGUCAUCAAAAGGUUAAACCUUAAAAAUGCUUCCAACCGGGAGAGGAAAGCAGCAGAACAAGAGGCACAGCUGUUAUCCCAGUUGAAACACCCAAACAUAGUCACCUACAGAGAGUCCUGGCAGGGAGAAGAUGGCCUGUUAUAUAUUGUUAUGGGCUUCUGCGAGGGAGGAGAUCUGUAUCACAAACUUAAAGAGCAGAAGGGCAAGCUUUUGCCAGAAAACCAGGUGGUGGAGUGGUUUGUCCAGAUUGCCAUGGCACUGCAGUAUUUACAUGAAAAGCACAUUCUGCACAGAGAUCUUAAAACUCAGAAUGUUUUCCUGACACGAACAAAUAUAAUCAAAGUGGGUGACCUGGGAAUAGCCAGAGUGUUGGAAAACCAGUAUGACAUGGCCAGCACUCUCAUAGGCACACCGUACUACAUGAGCCCUGAACUCUUUUCUAACAAACCCUACAACUACAAGUCUGAUGUUUGGGCAUUAGGCUGCUGCGUUUAUGAAAUGGCUACGCUGAAACAUGCCUUUAAUGCUAAAGACAUGAACUCUUUGGUGUAUCGAAUUAUUGAAGGAAAGUUGCCACCCAUGCCAAAGGAUUACAGCCCACAGUUGGUAGAAAUAAUAAGAACUAUGCUCAGUAAAAGACCUGAGGAAAGGCCUAGUGUGAAAAGCAUACUACGACAGCCAUAUAUCAAGCACCAAAUUUCUUUGUUUUUGGAAGCCACAAAGUCGAGAGCAGCCAGAAGUCAGAAGAGAACAGAGAAUUCUAAACCUAGAGAUCCUUGUUCUGUGGUCUCAGUAAAGAAUGAAUCUCAUAGCAGGAAUGUUACACACCAAAAUCACUCCUUUGAGCAAGCCAGGAAAUACAAAGUUAAUGAAGAAGACAACAUCAUCAAAUCUAAAGCCACCAAAAUUUCCCCGUCAGAAAAACGAGCUGUUGAGUUGGAAAGCAAACCAAGCAGUAAUGAUUUGAACAACCUAGGAGACUCCUUAGCUACAGUUAGUGAUGUGAAUAUUGAUAUCUUACCAUCAGCAAGGGUGAAGUAUGGAAGUGAGAAGUGUGGUACUGAGCAUAUUCCAGAGAAUAAUAAAGCAAAGAGAAAUUUAAAUGUUCCAGGGAAUUCUAAAACAACAUCCAGUAGCCCACCAGUGAAGGAAGAUGGACUACAGCAAAGAGCAAAGCAAGUCUUCAAAGUUGAAAAUGUUGAGUCUAAGCAGUCUUCUGUUGAUGCUGCAGGAGAAGAUGGUGACACGUUGAAACUCCUGCAGCCUGUGUCAUGGGACCAGAAGCAAACUGAUCUGAGCUUGGAUUCUACUGAAAAGCUGCUGGCACCACUUGUCCCUGUUUUAAUUCAAGAUGAUGUCUGUCAUGGAGCUUCUGGAGAUGCUCAGGAAAAAGUUACGUCCCACAUGCAGCCUCAUAGUUCUGUCAGUGAACCCUCUCUCUCACGGCAGCGACGGCAGAAGAGAAGAGAGCUUGCUGAAGUCUCUUCAGAGAAGUUCAGAACAGCUGCUCCCCGGCCUUUGCCUCUUCCUUCUGAUGUGAACACAAAGACAACACAGAGGUGUGCAGAGCAGCAUGGUGCUGAAGCUUCUGAAUCUCUAAAUGGCGCCAAAACCAUUCAAGGUGUCAUUUCAAAGGAGCGGCCCUUGUCAGCAAGAGAACGAAGGAGGCUCAGACAGUCUCGAGAGAUGUUUCCCUCUGGUAACUUAGUGAUUCCAGCAAGAGCAACGUCAAAUAGUGCAGCAGUUGAAACAAAAUCACAUGUGGAAAAUCAUGUUACUCAGUCUUCAUCAGAUCCCAGUAUUUCUCAGAGAAAGAGAGAACCCCAUUGCCCAUCUGAUGAUGAGUUAAGCUCUUCCACAAGCUCUACAGAUAAGUCUGAUGGUGAUUCCAAGGAGAGAAAAAGCAACAUGAACGAGAUGAAUGACUUGGUGCAGCUAAUGACAUGGACACUGAAAAUGGACUCUGAGAACUCUGUAAACUGUGCAAGCUCGACUCCAGCCCCAGAGUUUAAACUUCAUAGAAAGUAUCGAGACACUUUGAUUUUGCAUGGAAAAUCACCUGGUGAAUCAGAGGAAUUAAGAUUUGAAGAUAUUUCUUCAGAUAUGUUAUCAGUUCCUAACAAGAUUAGGAGAAUGGUUGAAAUCCUGAGAUCUGAUGUGGUACAAGGACUGGGAGUGAAACUUCUUGAGAAGGUGUACAGCAUCAUGGAAGAAGAAGAUGAAGUGAAGAGAGAGCUGCAGCUGCGGGAGCAUAUGGGAGACAAGUAUGCGAGUUACAGUGCCAAGGCACGACAUCUGAAGUUUCUUGAAGAAAAUGUGAAGUUCUGAUGAGACCCUUUGCCUCAGAGAAAAGGACUGACUGGUUUGUAGCCCAUUUGAUAGACCGGACCAGCUUACAGAGCACGUUUAUCCAUUGACCUCCUUUGCUGGAAUAAGGAGGUGAACUUGCAAAAAACCUUCUAGUUUGUAGUAAUAUUUUUCAUGUUAAAAUGUGAACCAGGCUAUCACUUUCUCAGAAGAGAAACUGCUUAGUUUAGUUUUUAUUCUCUUAAUGAAACUUUUUAAGAAGUUGCUUUUUAUAGAUGCAAAGCAGGACAGAUGGAGUUCUGUAUAGAAAGGAGUGUCAAAAACAGUUUUGGUUUGAAUGUGCAAAAGGUUUUUGGUAUGGUCAUGUAAUAAUACAGUCAUGAAGUUUAUGCCAUGGCUAUGGUGUGAUGGGCUAUAAGCUAUAUUACAUCAAAUAGGGAGAAACAAUUACUAAUUUUUAUAGCACCAAAAGCCCUUCAUCUGUAAAUUGCCAAGGUAAAGUGCUAAAGAGGAUGGCUAUGCUGCUUUUAAGCAGAGCCUUUCCUUUUGUGUUUUAUUGCUAAGGCAGUCACUGAGGUGGUGGAAAGUAUUUGGUAACUGGAUAAAAGAAGUGUGAAAACAAAAGGAACAGAGCCAUGGUUACCAUGGUCCCAGCUGGAGAAAUCCCUUUGCCUUACAAACACUAAUUCCUUUUAGGAAUGCCAGUACCCAAGACCAGGGUCACUUAGAGAAAUGGGCAUCGUAGCUUUUGCCUUGCACCUAGGCUGUGUUGUUACACGUGCCCAGGCAGUGUCAUGUACCAUCACUGCAGGAAAAGCUUUUUUUUUUUUUUUUUUUAAGUAUAAAGAAGUCAAAGGGAAUUGAAUUUGUAAAAUAAAAUUUUAAAUGCACAACCUGUCUCUUUCCCUGCCUCUAGUUUAAAUAUUGUAACCUCCAGCACCUAUGAGGGAGACCAACAGGACAGUCGGUAGUAAAGACGUGCAGUACCUUUGGAUCCUGCUGCCUCUGGCAUACUAGAGGCUCAAGUUACAAGGUUUCAGGAGCUACUGUGUUCUGCACAGUCAAGGUGUUACUUUCUCUACCCAGGCAAAUUUAUUUUAAGCAAAAACUGCCACUCUGUAAUCUCCUAUCCUAGAAAGUUUCCAGCUCUUAGCCUUGUUCAGAACCCAGGGCUACGUAUUGUUUUACAGGACUUGUUACACACCUGACAAUAUGGAUGGCUUGUUUUACACAUGGUUAGAAAUACUGUAGAAGUCCAGAUGUAGAUUAUUUUUUAGGCUAUGGCAACAGCUUAACUACAGUUGAUUUGAUUUGCUGUGUUCCUUUUUACUAAAAUACCUGAGACGUAACCUCCAGUAGCUUUCCGAGGCUAAUCCCCCCCAGACCUUUGCUUUCCCAGGGACUUCACUGACACUCCAGCCAAGAUUUAGAGCUUUCAUGUUCUUUGCAGCUCUUGGUGUACUCCUCAUAGUAGUAUACAAAGUAGUAAGAAAAAAACCCAAAACACCAAGCCAAGAAGUAUCAUUUAGUGGAAAGGCAUUUAACAAAAUUUAACAAAGUAACAGCAUAAAGAACUAGGGGGGAGGUUUAGCUUUUAGCAUGUCUCUUUGGCUUUCUGUCUGCUGGCUUCUUAUCUUCUGUUCCUGACUCUUGGACAGGGAGCCACUUCAGAGGAUUGCGGCGGUACAUAGGCCACGGAGGGAGUGUUAGCUUAGAGAAAAGGAAUGAAGGCAGAACAUGUAAAUCAAGAUGCUAGAGAAGUGUACCAAUUAGUCUUCAGAAAGUUCACACAAUUUCAUAUUAUAAAGAUAUAUAUUUUUUACAUUGUAUCCUGCAUAAUCAUGAGUGACUAAAGGACCUCAGCUCAUUGCAAGGAGGAGGAGGACUGCACCCAGCCUGAAGCGAAAAGGAUACCCCUGGAUUACUGAG